CCCACUUUUAUAAAUUACUAAUUAAUUUUCUUCACAGGUUUAGCAACACGAAAUGGCCACGAAAUGCAGUAUCCCUGUGAUAAAUCUACAUGAUUUUCCCAACCAAUCAUCCAAAUUGAUCGCAGCCUGUGAAGAGUGGGGCUGUUUUAGGCUGCUCAACCACCAUGAAGUCCUUCCAGCGACGCUCAUGUCCGAGAUGAAGGCUGUUGUUAAAUCUCUCUUUGAUUCACCGGUCGAGAUCAAGCGCAGGAAUGUCGACGUAAUCCCUGGGAGUGGAUAUAUGCCGGCUCCGACAACCACAAAUCCGUUCCACGAAACACUUGGCUUUUAUGACAUGACCUCCCGUCGUGAACUCGACAAUUUUUGCUCUCAACUGGAUGCGUCACCUCAUCAAAGAGAGACAAUAAUAAGAUACACCGGAGCAGUACAUGAGCUUUUUGUGGAGAUCGGAAAGAAAUUAGCCGAAGGUUUAGGGGUAAAAACUGAUAAUAUAGGAAUCAAGAAUUGGUCAUAUAUGUUCAAGAUGAACAAAUACCACUUCACCCAUGAAAGUGUUGGACUCCCAGGUAUCAACACACACACAGACUCUGGGUUCCUUACAAUCCUCCAAGACGAUGAAGCGGUUUGCGGUUUAGAAGUCAUGAACAAGUCCGGCGACUUCAAUUCCAUCGACCCAGACACCCUUCUUGUUAACAUUGGUGACAUGGCAACUGUAUGGAGCAAUGGAAGAUUUCACAAUGUGAAGCAUAGGGUGCAAUGCAAAGAAACGAAGAUACGAGUGUCAAUUGUAUCAUUCCUUUUAGGACCAAGAGGGGUAGUGGAACCCAUACCAGAACUUGUGGAUGAUGAGCAUCCGCGCAAAUACAUCCCUACCAGUUUUGAAGAUUACAGGAAACUGAGGUUCGCGACAAAGUUGCAUGCAGGUGAAGCUCUUGAACAACUCUUGUACACACCUAGCUCAGACAAGAAAUGAACCAUGGUUGGUUCACUUGGUCAUUUUAGAAUAAGUUUUUUAGAUUGUAAACAUACAACUGUCAAUCCAAACAUAUACAAAUUAGUAUGAAUUAAUAAAAUGUAAAUAGUGUUAGAUCCAAGGUAAAUUUUAACUUUUGAUUGA